UUUACUCUUAUAUAUGUGGUCUGAAUUUGUUGCAAGAAAAACCAGAGGAAAAUGACAGGUGAUAGGGUGAAAAAGUUUUUGCUCUUUUGCUUUGCUUUUUAAGGAGUUAUUUAUUUGAAAUGAAUUUAUUUAUUUGUGGACGAUGGGUGGAUUUGCUGGGGUGGUACGGGUGGUUUUCUGAGAUUGUAGUAACUUGAAUGAAGAUGUUCUUUAAUUGGUUUUACUGUUUUAGCCAAAAAAGAUUGGUGGAUUUAGAUGAAGGAAUUGAAAUAGCUGAGAGCUCUGCUGGACAAGAGUUGGUUCUACCAGAAAAUGAUUCUAUUGUGCAGGGAGGUGAUUCAAUUGUAGAACCACAAGAAGGUAUGGAAUUUGAAUCUGAAGACGCUGCCAAGAUAUUUUAUGAUGAAUAUGCUCGGCAAGUAGGAUUCGUCAUGCGCGUGAUGUCUUGUCGUCGUUCUGAAAGAGAUGGAAGAAUUCUUGCCCGUCGACUUGGUUGUAAUAAGGAGGGUUAUUGUGUUAGCAUUCGAGGCAAAUUUGGGAAUGUUCGAAAGCCACGUACUAGUACAAGAGAAGGUUGUAAGGCAAUGAUUCAUGUUAAGUUUGAUAAGUCUGGAAAGUGGAUCAUAACAAAAUUUGUCAAGGAGCAUAAUCAUCCUCUUGUAGUGGCUCCACGUGAAGCUCGUCAAACAAUGAGUGAAAAGGACAAGAAAAUUCAGGAAUUAACCAUGGAGCUGCGGAAUAAGAAGCGCCUAUGUGCCACGUAUCAAGAACAGCUAACUGCAUUUAUGAAAAUUGUUGAAGAACAUAGUGAGCGGCUAUCCAAGAAAGUUCAAAAUGUAGUAAGAAAUCUUAAAGAAUUCGAGUCUAUAGAGCACGAGCUUCUGCAGCCUAGAGAGUCUCUACAAUUUGGACCAAGUAGGUAAACAUCAUUCUCCAAGUCAUUUAGUUGUGCAAUAUUUUUUCUUCCUUUUCCCUUGCCACUUCAUUACUACUAGACAUGCUUAGAAGUAAGAAAUUUAGCCAUACUAAUUAUAAAUGUGAAUACAGGAUAGUUUCCUCUUUCCUGAUUUGUAAUUAAUGUCAGUACAACCAAUUGGAAUAAAUUGAGAAUCAAGUUGGCUUUGUUGUAUCA